CGAUAGAGUGAGAUAUGGCAGGAAGCUCAUUAUCAGAUGGGAAUGUAGUAGCACUACCAAUAGAAAGUGGUUCUGGGAGUAAUCAUGGUGGAGAAGAAAGAGAAAUAAGUAGAGAAAAAUGGUGGAAGAAAGUGUUAGAGGUGGAGGAGGCCAAACAACAGAUUUUGUUUUCACUGCCAAUGAUUCUCACGAACGGUUUCUACUAUAUGAUACCUCUCAUUUCGGUCAUGUUCGCCAGCCACCUUGGCCAUCUCCAGCUCGCCGGUGCUACUCUCGCCAACUCAUGGGCCACUGUCACCGGCUAUGCUUUCAUGAUUGGGUUAAGUGGAGCUCUCGAGACCCUUUGUGGACAAGGAUUUGGUGCAAACUUAUACAGAAUAAUGGGGAUUCAUCUACAAGCCUCCUGUAUCACAUCUUUCCUCUUCUCCAUAAUCAUAUCGUUUGUAUGGUUCUACACAGAACCAAUACUAGUUUUUCUUCGUCAAGAUCUUGAGAUUGCUCAAACCGCAGCUCUUUUUAUGAAGUUUCUGAUUCCAGGCAUAUUUGCUUAUGGUUUUAUCCAAAACAUCUUGAGGUUUCUUCAGACACAAUCAGUUGUUAGGCCUGCGGUUUUGUUGUCAGCAAUUCCACUGGUCUUGCACAUUGGUAUCACAUAUUGUUUAGUGCAUUUAACACCUCUUGGUUUCAAAGGAGCUCCACUAGCAACCUCAAUCACACUCUGGCUAUCUUUUUUUAUGUUGGCUGCAUAUGUCAUGCUGGCCAAGCAGUUUCAUCUUACAUGGCAAGGAUUUUCAACUGAAUCUUUCUCCUACGUCUUCACAAACUUGAAGUUUUCUCUGCCCUCUGCAGCUAUGGUGUGCUUGGAGUACUGGGCUUUUGAGAUACUGGUGUUUCUAGCAGGACUGAUGCCAGACUCGAAAGUAACCACUUCUUUAAUGGCAAUAUGUGUGAACACAGAAAGCAUUGCAUACAAUGUUACAUAUGGUCUCAGUGCUUCUGCCAGCACAAGGGUAUCAAAUGAAUUAGGAGCGGGCCGUCCUGAGCAUGCUAAGAGUGCAAUGGUGGUUGCCCUCAAGCUCUCUGUACUUCUUGCUACAAUAGUUGUUAUGGCUCUAGGAUUUGGACACAACUUCUGGGCUGGCCUAUUCACUGAUAGUUCUGUAAUAAUAAAGUCCUUUGCUUCCAUGACACCUCUGCUUGCAAUAUCCAUAAUGGUUGAUUCUUUGCAGGGUGUUUUAUCAGGCGUGGCUAGAGGAUGUGGGUGGCAGCGCAUGGUUGUUUACGUGAAUUUGGCAACAUUUUAUUUGGUUGGCGUGACUGUUGGGGGCCUCCUUGCAUUUAAAAUGAAGCUAUAUGUUAAGGGAUUAUGGAUUGGUUUGAUCUGUGGUCUGGCAUGCCAAGCAGCCACACUUAUGUUGAUAACAAUGUGCACAAAAUGGCACAAAUUGCAGCUGUCUGUAAACAGAGAGUGAGAAGGAUUUAUCGAUCUAAUUUAAUUUAGCUUUACCGAUGAAUUGUCAAUGUCAAAUUAAACAUGUAUGAUGAGAUAUCAAUUUAGCCACCGUGUAUAUUGUACCAAAGAAGGUAUAAUAGAUUUUUGUAGGCAAUAAAUCUGAUAAUCACACGUCUUUUUAGUGCACGUGGAGGUCUUAAAUUCGAUUCAUCCUCCCGAGGAGGCUAUCAAAGUUAUCAACUCUCUGUAUCUACAUAAGUUACAUUUAUUUUGCCAUUGAUUAUUAGAGAGGGAAUAUUGAAGAGUUACUCCAA